GUGACGUUUAACAACGAAAUAACGCUUUCACUCGUUGGCAUGGAUUUCGGCUAAUAAACAACACGUUGGAGGGGGAUUUUGUAACGCAUUUAAACGUUAGCUACUUCAAAUUAGCAUAGUGUUUUGUUUAGCUAAUCCAUCAAUAUUUAAACAAUCUAGAUUGCGAAAACCGGAAUAUUUUUCCUACUCUGAAGUUUCUGGUGCUAGCCAGCUAGUUUAGCACAACUGGCUGGCCUUUGUUUGUCAUGGGUGUUUUUCACACAGUGCCGUUGAUCAGAUAACUAAUAUUUUCGCCUUUCAACAUCCCUGAAUUUUAUAAAGAUGAAGAGAAAUGUGUCUCGAUUACGGUUAAGUCCAAAUGAAGAAGCUCAACUCAUUCGAGAGGAACACGAGAGGAGAAGGAAGCUGCGAAUACAACAGGUGAGGGAACAGGAGCGGUAUAUCGCUCUACAAAUCCGCACGGAGGUGCAACUGCGAAGGGAGCGCGAGCUACAAAACCUGGCAGAGGAGUUGAAGGGGGAGUGGGAGCAACAGCAGAGUGAGAAACUGAAGACCCUGCAAAAGUUAUACCAGGACAAUCUCCGAGUUUUGGGAGAGGGACAUAGAAGUGCCAAAGAAAAUGAGCCUGACUGGGAGGCAAUUGCACAGAAAAAUGAGGAGAAUCAUGUUCGGGCAGAUGAGCGCUAUCGAGUAGCCCUCAAAGAGCUCAAAUCACAGAGACAGAAAGAUCAGGAGGAACAAAAUCGUUUUAUCGAGGCUAAGAAGAAGUCCAUACAGGUGGAGAAGCAGAGAGCAGCCAAAGUGGCCAACUUCCCAUCCCUUCCACCCAACCCAAUUGAGAGUAUUGAGUCAAGGAAGCUGCAUGCAGUGAAGAAAUCAGACGUGGAUGCCUUCUCUGUGACUCACUAUCAUAUGCCAGAGACUGCAGUGGACAGGGAAGUCUACACAGCACAGCCAAACGCACAGGUGGCGGCAUUGGAGGAGAUGCAGCGCCUGCAGGAGCUCGGACAGGAGGAGCAGAGAGCGAGUCGGGAGCAGCUGGAGAAGGCUCGUCUCAGGGGUAACCACGCGCUGAGGAGGGAACAGCUCACACAGGACCGAGAGCGCCUCCUGGUGGAGCUUGAACACAUGCAUCAGACAGACCUUUUGAGGCGCAGGCAGGUGAUGGCUCAGAUGCCUGCCCAGAUCUUCCAGCCGCUCCACAAGAGACAGGAAAUGAAGGAGGACUGGCAGAGGGAUAUGGAGUUCGCCUUCGAGGACAUGUACACUGGAGAGAGGAGAGUGAAAGGUGACCUGGUGCUGCAGCUGGUCCCAGAGCCUCUCCUAGCUGUGUCCACUGGCAGCCAGGAUGAAGACCUAGACCUGACCCAGGAGGCCACCCCUGACCUUACACCCUUGGCUGGGGCAGAGGAACAACAUGAUGAAGAACCAUCCAGGCCUCUAGGUGGUGCUCCCAGACAGGCCUUGAAGAAACUAUUGACCCGCAUCAGGUCACAGAGAGACCAGUGGAGCUACCGGAGGCUGGUUGAUCCCCCAGGUGACUGCCGAACUACCCCGACAGCAGAGUGCGACACGUCCGCAGGCAUUACGACCAUUGAGACAGGUUCUCUGGCCAGUGAGGAGAGGGGCCGUCCUUUGACCACUAUUUCCAGACUCCCAGACCCCUCUCAGUCAGCCCAAGCUAUAGAGACAACAGAAGAGUCCAUAGUGGCUGGUACCCUGCUCCAUCCUGAUAAACAAGCCAUCAAGAUCCACACAUUUGAAACCGAGAGGAAGAGGAGGGAGGAGGAGCUGGAGAGGCAAAAGCAGGAGCAGAUAGCCCUGCUACAGGAGUUAGAGGAGAAGAAGAGCAGGCUGGAGCUGCUGCUGCAGGAGGCCCAGCAAGAGAGAGAGCAGCUGCAGACGGCCAUGAACCAGGACACACCUGCUGCAUCUGGAACACAGAAAACACCAGCCCAAGACGUCAGCCCUGCUGCUCCAACUCCCGAGUCUACUAUACACUCAGCUGCUGAGGAUGACCACUCCAGGAGAAUCCGAGAGUAUCAGCAGCGUCUCUUUGACCAGAACAGGCUUCAUAAGCAGUCCGUGGAGGAGGCUCGCCUGCGUCUGGAAGGGUACCAACGCACGCUAAGAAACCGCUACUCUGGUCAAACUAGCUCAACAUGUCUCCCUCCUGGUACCACAGCCCGUCUUCUACCACACUUUAAAGGAAGAAUCAAUCUCCCGGCAGUGCCCCUAGAACUCCCCUCUGGUUCUGCCCUGCUCCCCUGUCUCCCUGUAGCACUUAGUCCCCACUCUAGAGCUCACACCCCUUUGGACCUCCCCACACAGGAGCCCUCCAUCUUGGCUCAAACUCUCUUCCUCCCUGGCACUACAGUUGGCUCGCAUAUUAACUCCAGAACCUCACCAGUGCAGCUAGAACCCACCUUUGAAAGCCUAAGGGACCAAAGAGCAGGUGUAUGGCUGGCAGAAAAUGUGUUUAGUAGGGUCACAGAGGAUGUCCCUGAGAAGCUACCGCCACCCUCUACCUCGUUAGACCCCCAGUCCUACAGACCACAUCCUGUUUCCCUCCACCCUACUCCACACAUCCCACUCCUAUCAAGAACUGACCCCAUCCCACCCAUCAGCCCAACCCUUUCAGAAGUGGGGGCCCCGGUAAAUCCUGGGGAGGCCCCGGUAAAUCCUGGGUCUGUCCUGCGGGCCCCGGACAAGUUUGGGGAGGAGGUGGAGAGGCAGAGGCAGGAGCUACGGGAGGCCCAGCGGCGGGUGGAGGCCCAGAGGGAGGUGCUCUUCAUGCAGCAGAGGGAACUGGAGGAGGAACAGAGGGAGCAGAGGAGGAGACAGAGGGAGGUGUUACAGGCACUGCUCACUGCUGAUGACACACAGCCUGGUCCAGAGACCACUGAUGGUUUGGGGUCAGAGCGUCUCCGUCUGAUGGCAGCUCUGCUUCGGGCCAUCGAGGAGUCCAAUGGGCAAACCUCAACAUCGGUAGAAACCAGUCAGAGCCAAGAUGACACACUCUACGUCCAGAGUUCACACUCAGACAGACCUGCCCCUCAUCCACUCCCCCACCCCCGGGCAGCCAAACCCCCGGUGGCCCGUGCCAGGCUGGCCGUCAUGGAGAUGACAGAGCAGCACGAGCUCAGUGCCAUCCAGGAGGUGGAGACGCCAGCCAAUGCCAGCCUGAUCACAGAAGAGAGUGUUGCAGUAUCUAUUGAAAGGGCAAUCGCAGAAGAACAGGACCACUCGGGCCACUCUGAAAGAGGUCACUCCAGCACCUCUGUGUCCAGUGCAUGGGAACACACAGCUGGGACUGGGAGUGAGACAUUAACCGGGUCUGGUAGAUCCAGCAAGCUGUCCUGGAGAGAGAGACUACAGCUAGAGGCUGGUGCCUCUCCUGGACCUGCACUCCCAGAACGGUCUUAUCACUCCUGUCAGUUUGGGAGAGGUGUCCUUGGUAAAUCUCCUACAGAGUUGGAGAGCCUGUCCUUCCAGUCAGCCUGUAGACCCUCAGAACCUGACUACCUGUCCUCUACCACCAUCUCUUCUGGAAGCUAUGCCACCACGGACCCUGAACACACCUCCACGGACCCUGAACACACCUCCACGGACCCUGAACACACCUCCACGGACCCUGAACACACCUCCACGGACCCUGAACACACCUCCACGGACCCUGAACACACCUCCACGGACCCUGAACACACCUCCACGGACCCUGAACACACCUCCACCCAAAUAGAAGACUCUUCCCUGCUCAUGGCUGGGUUUGGAAUGGGAGGAGGAGGAACAAAUAAAAAGAUAUCGGUCAAUGGCUCCUCUUCAUCCAGACAUAGUUCCUGUAGCGGUGUAUCUGGUACCAUUUUAGACUCACUCAUACACAGCAGCAGUAUCCAGCGCAUCAUAGACAAAUACACCAGGGAGCUCAACUUUUCUCUUAGUACUACUGGGAACCAGACGGGUCCAUCUACAGUACUAGAGGGGUCAGUGUGUGAGGAGCCAAGCUCCUCUGUGUCGCAGCAGAAGCCCUGGUCUAAGCUACUGCAGGAGAAUGAGGGACCAGACAGGUCACCUGUUUGGGAGUCAGGAGCUCAGGGGCAGGACCAGGAAUGGGACAACACUGUCAACCGGAUCAUGGAUCGCCUCUCAGACAAGUCCUCCUCAUUGGUUCUGGACCAGGGGCGGGACUCCACUUUCAGCCCAAUGACUGGCCAGCCCUCGGAUAAGUCAUCCUCGCCGGGCCAAGGUUGGGACUCUACUUUGAGCCGAAUGAUUGGCCAGCUCUCAGGUCAAUCAACCUCACUGGACCACGGGUGGGAUUCGACUUUGAGCAGAAUGAUUGGCGGGCUCUCCAAUCAGUCAAUCUCUGUCAGCCAGCGACUGGACCAGUCAUCCCAGUGGCUAGAUGAAGUCCAGGAUGAGAGCCGGGUGAUGAGGCCUCUGGCUGGAGAGCUGGAUGAGUCUGCUGCCCAAUGGAGUGGGAGCUCAGAAGCUGGUGGUUCUAACUCCCUAGGCUGGGUGGAUCUGAGGGUCUCGGGCCAGACAGGAGUGUUCUCUGAUCCAGAGGGAGCCCCUGAAUCCCAGUUACUGAGCAGCUCCUCUCUCCCUGGACGGGAGCCUCCACACUACCAGAGCCUGCAGAACUCUGGGGCCUGCUCCCAGGAAGCAGACAGCACUGGGGUGGAUCCAGCCUCCGACUCCUUCCACCCCCUCCUGGCUGAGGUCACACAUAACGAGACAGCCGAACCCUUCAUGACCUUUCACCUUCCAGAAGAGGAAGUGGAGGGGCUAUGUUCCCACGACGAAGAUGGUGACCAUGAAGCACCUGCAGGGGACCUUGAGCUCUCUGCAUGCUCAGAGGAGUUUGAGGAUGACACAGACCCCUCCGUCACCUUUGAACCGUCUCCUGAGGGCCUGAGAGGAGCGGAGGAACCACCUCAGUCCUCGCCCGCCCUGCACGACUCCUUGUACCAGCUGACCAUAUCCCAGUGCCUCCCCCAUGACUCUGCCCUGCAGGUAUCCCCUAGAGCGGAGGAGGUUGGUCUAGCAGCCUGUGAAGAUGUCUCCACUUUGGACAUGCCACUUGAAGGAGGGGACACUGAUAUGGAGAGUACACCAACACCUCAGAGACUUGACAAAAGAGGUGCUAUUAAAAUUGAGGACCUAGAUGCAGGAGAGCCAGAUGACCAGCUAUGUUCAGAGUCAAAGAUCAGCCCUCCCAUCUGGGAGAGAAUAAUGGAGGUGGGCAGUGUGAAGGGGAUUAUGGAUGAGUCCAUGCCGACCCUGGUGAGCCUGACAGACACCACACUACAGGGCCAGGACCUCACUGAGGAAGGAGAGAUAGAGGAAUCAAAGUCAACGAUGUUGCCAGAGAGGACGCCAGUCUACAGGAGAAAGAGACAACCUCCUCUCAUGCAGUGAUGCUACUGGAGUUCCAGUCGUGUCCCAGCGUGAAUCUACAGGAGGCCUUCCAGCAGAAACGCAGAGCCCUGAUCCAGAGGUCUGC